AUGCAACUGAAGGGCUGUACAUCAGUGUCUGGAGUGCGUAUUGCUGAUGGAGAGUUGUUUGUUCGCUGGUUUCUUACCUGUUUAUGUGAAAUUCAGCCUCCUUAUUUUGCCAGUGCCUGUGCACUGUCUAGGCUGCAGUUUACUGAACAAUCUAUAAAACUGUACAAAUGUUAUCAAUUCUCAGAAAUUCAUGCUGAAGUGCAGUUGAAGAAUUACGGAAAAUUUCUUGAGGAAUAUACAUCUCAGCUGAAGAGAAUUGAAGAUGCUUUGGAUGACUCUGUUGGAGAUGUUUGGGACUUCAGUCUUGAUCCCAUUGCAUUAAAGCUUUUGCCAUAUGAACAGUCCUCCCUACUGGAGCUUAUAAAGACAGAAAACAAGGUUCUAAACAAAGUAAUAACUGUGUAUGCUGCUCUUUGCUGUGAAAUCAAGAAGUUAAAAUACGAGGCAGAAACUAAAUUUUAUAAUGGCCUCUUGUUUUAUGGAGAAGGAGCUACAGAUUCCAGCAUGGUGGAGGGAGAUUGCCAAAUACAGAUGGGAAGAUUUGUUUCUUUCUUGCAGGAGCUGUCUUGCUUCGUUACCCGAUGUUACGAAGUGGUGGUGAAUGUAGUGCAUCAGUUGGCUCUUCUCUAUACCAGCAACAAGAAUGCACCUAAAAUUAUAGAGACGUCUGGAGUACAUUUUCAGGCAAUGUAUGAGCACCUGGGAGAGUUGCUCACAGUCUUAAUCACUCUGGAUGAAAUAAUUGACAAUCAUGCCACUCUGAAAGAUCAUUGGACCAUGUAUAAGAGGCUGCUAAAAUCUGUCCAUCACAACCCUUCUAAGUUUGGGAUUCAAGAAGAUAAACUGAAGCCUUUUGAAAAGCUACUGUUAAAAUUGGAAUGCCAGUUACUUGAUGGAAUGAUAUUUCAGGCCUGUAUAGAGCAACAGUUCGAUUCUGUAAAUGGUGGAGUGUCAGUGUCGAAGAACAGCACGUUUGCUGAAGAAUUUGCUCAUGUUCUCCGCACAGCUUUUGCAAAUGUUGAAGUCAAACUUGGUGAACCUUCAGAAAUUGACCAGAGAGAUAAAUAUGUGGGCAUUUGUGGCCUCUUUGUACUGCAUUUUCAGAUUUUUCGGACCAUAGACAAGAAGUUUUACAAAUCGUUGUUGGAAGUCUGUAAAAAGGUGCCAGCCAUCACCUUAACUGCUAAUAUUAUCUGGUUUGCUGACAACUUUCUGAUUCAGAAGAUACCAGCUGCUGCCAAACUUCUGGACAAGAAAAGUAUUCAUACAGUUAAAAUGCAAAGGGAGAACUUUCUACAGCAGAAGGCACAGUCACUUGCCAAGGAUGUGCAGUCGUAUUAUGUUUUUGUGAGCUCAUGGAUGACAAAAAUGGAAUCUAUCUUGUCAAAGGAGCAACGCAUGGAUAAGGUUGCUGAAGAUCUUUCUAACCGCUGCAAUGUCUUCAUCCAGGGUUUUCUUUAUGCAUACAGUCUUAGCACCACCAUUAAAACUACAAUGAAUCUCUACAUGUCAAUGCAAAAACCUAUGACCAAAACCUCGGUGAAAGCUCUAUGCAGACUUGUGGAACUUCUGAAGGCAAUAGAACACAUGUUUUACCGAAGAAGUAUGGUUGUGGCAGAUUCUGUGACACACAUCACUCAGCAUCUGCAGUAUCAGGCUCUUCGCUCUAUUUCUGUAGCCAAGAAAAGAGUCAUUUCUGAUAAAAAGUACAGUGAGCAACGCCUGGAUGUCCUCUCUGCUUUGGUGUUGGCUGAGAACACCCUCAAUGGGCCAAGUACAAAACAGAGGCGACUAAUUGUUUCCCUUGCACUAAGUGUGGGAACGCAGAUGAAAACUUUUAAAGAUGAAGAGCUCAUUCCCCUUCAGUUAGUUCUGAAAAAACUAGACUUGAUCAGUGAACUUACAGAGCGAGUUCGAGCACAAUGUGACUGUUGUUUCUUAUACUGGCAUCGAGCAGUCUUUCCAAUCUAUUUAGAUGAUGUGUAUGAAAAUGCAGUUGAUUCUGCUAGACUGCAUUAUAUGUUUAGUGCACUGCGGGACUGUGUACCUGCUAUGAUGCAUGCAAGACACUUGGAAUCUUAUGAGGUGCUUCUGGAAUGCUAUGACAAAGAAAUCAUGGAAGUGCUCAAUGAGCACUUGCUGGACAAAUUAUGUAAAGAGAUAGAAAAGGAUCUGCGCUUAUCAGUUCAUACACACCUAAAGCUGGAUGACAGAAACCCCUUCAAAGUUGGUAUGAAGGAUCUAGCUCACUUCUUCUUUCUGAACCCAAUACGUUUUUUCAAUCGAUUCAUUGACAUAAAAGCUUAUGUAACUCACUAUUUGGACAAGACCUUCUACAACUUAACGACUGUAGCUCUUCAUGACUGGGCCACCUACAGUGAAAUGAGAAACCUAGCAACUCAGCGCUAUGGUUUAAGUAUGACUGAAGCACAUCUUCCCAGCCAGACUCUGGAACAGGGUCUGGAUGUUUUGGAAAUCAUGAGAAAUAUUCAUGUUUUUGUAUCCCGCUACCUCUACAAUCUGAAUAAUCAGAUCUUCAUUGAAAGAACAAGCAAUAACAAACACUUGAACACUAUCAAUAUCCGACACAUUGCUAAUUCUAUUCGAACUCAUGGAACAGGAAUCAUGAACACAACAGUAAACUUCACUUACCAAUUUCUGAGGAAAAAGUUUUAUAUUUUUAGCCAGUUCAUGUAUGAUGAACAUAUCAAAUCCAGACUUAUCAAAGACAUCAGAUUCUUCAGGGAAGUCAAGGAUCAAAAUGAUCACAAGUAUCCCUUUGAAAGAGCAGAUAAAUUCAACCGUGGCAUCAGAAAACUUGGAAUAACCCCGGAUGGCCAGAGCUAUCUUGACCAGUUCAGACAACUCAUAAGUCAAAUUGGCAACGCUAUGGGUUAUGUACGAAUGAUAAGAUCUGGUGGACUUCACUGCUGUAGUAGUGCAAUUAGGUUUGUUCCUGAUCUGGAAGAUAUUGUUAACUUUGAAGAGCUGGUGAAAGAAGAAGGCCUUUCAGAAGAAACACAAAAAGCAGCAAGGCAGUUAGACUCUGUCCUCGGUGACCUCACACGUAACUUUGCAGAAGGAACGGAGUACUUCAAAAUGCUUGUGGAUGUAUUUGCUCCUGAAUUCCGCAGUCCAAAGAAUAUGCAUUUGCGGAACUUCUAUAUAAUUGUUCCCCCGCUGACCCUCAAUUUUGUAGAGCAUUCAAUCAGCUGCAAAGAGAAAUUGAAUAAGAAGAACAAAAGUGGAGCAGCUUUCACUGAUGAUGGGUUUGCCAUGGGUGUGGCUUACAUCCUGAAGCUUUUGAAUCAGUACCAGGAGUUUGAUUCUCUGCACUGGUUCCAGUCUGUUAGAGAGAAGUAUGUGAAGGAAAUAAGAGCAGUAGCUAAGCAACAGAAUGUGCAGUCCACUAAUCAAGAUGAAAAACUACUACAAACUAUGAACCUUACCCACAAGCGACUGGAAGUUUGUUUACAGGAAUUUGAACUCCUUUAUUUCUCACUAAGUAGUGCAAGAAUUUUUUUCAGAGCAGAUAAAACUGCAGCAGAAGAAAACCAGGAAAAGAAAGAAAAAGAAGAAGAAUCUGUUAAAGCAAGCAACGGAGAUCUUUCCAACUCUACGCCUGCAGAUCCUGUUGUGAAAUGA